AUGCAUAACGGAUGCCCUCUCACUCUCACUCCGUCUUCUUCUUCGUCUGCCGCUCCUACUUCAAUUGACGCCGUUGACGACGCUGCUAACGCUACUGCUACUGCUGGCGCUGCUGCUUCUGUGUAUUCUGUCAUGCCCGCACUUUCGCUUGCUGCUGCUGAUAAACAAUGCCCUACUGAUUCGUCUACCAGAUUUUCUACGGAAUGCUCUCUUAUUGCCGCUGUUGGUGUUGGUGCUAAUACAACUUUGUCCGCUCCGACUUCUUCGUCUUUCAACUCUUACGCCUCGAUGUUAAAUUCUGAACAAGAGUCUGAAUCUGCUGCAGCUAAAAAUUUGUCUUCUCAGAUUAAUAAUUCUCAGAUUAAUAAAGCUACGACGCCAGUUAAUAGGCGAGCUACUCGACGGAAUAUUGUUGGUACCAACGCAAAUACUGAACUUAAAGUUGCUGCUCGUAUGCGGUGGCUGCAUUUAUCCUCAUUUGAGUCAUCAGUUAUUGCUAAUAGCAUAGUUGAGUAUGUAUCUAAACAUGCUAAUAUCAAUAAGGGCCAACUGUUAUGCUACAAGUUGGUAAAAAAUGAUGCUGAUCUAAAGUCUAUUACGAGAGUAAAUUUCAAGCUUGGAACUCCAGACUCGUUCUAUUCGAAUCUUUUGUCAUCUGAUCUUUGGCCAGUUGGAGUAAAUGUACGUCCAUUUCUUUUUUGUUAUAAAAGAUGCUAAACAACAAUAUGUGCAAUAGCUAAUGUAGUUAACUCAUCUCAAAGAAGGCACUUUAAUAUUUACUUCCAAAAUGCUUCGGGGCUGAGAACGAAGUCGUGUGCGGUUAAACGCUUUAGCUCGCAGUUGGACUUCGAUGUUUUCGUGAUUGUUGAAACGUGGUUAAACAAUGAUUUUUUUGACUCAGAAUUUUUUGACCCAAACCUGUUCGUUGUCUUUCGUAAGGAUAGAGAUUCCAUCAAAACGAGUCGCUCAA